AUGGGGCUGAGGAUGAAGGAUUGUGAAGAGAGGCAGAAGGCCAAUGGGGUGCAUGAGAUUAAGAGAUAUGGGGAGGUCAAUGGGAAAUGGGAAAGCAAUGGGAAAGCAGUGGCCAAUGGGCAGCCUCUGGGAAAACAAGAGGCCAACGGGAAGCCUGUGGCAGGCAGCAGUAGCCUGCCGAUGUAUACCUGGGAGGAAAUCAAGAAGCACAACCUUCAGACAGACCAGUGGUUGGUGAUCAGGCGGAAGGUCUACGAUGUUACCAAGUGGGCAGACAAGCAUCCAGGAGGCAGCCGAGUCCUCAACCACUAUGCUGGGGAAGAUGCCACGGAUGUAUUCUUGGCCAUGCACCUGGACCAGGCUGUGGUGCAGAAGUACCUAAAGACCCUGCUGAUUGGAGAACUGGCCCCUGGGGAACCCAGUCAGGAACAAAAUAAGAAUGUCCAGCUGGUUGAGGAUUUCAGAGUCCUGAGGAAGACAGUGGAAGACUUGAACUUGUUGGAGCCCAAUCUCCUCUUUUUCUUCAUGCACCUCCUCCAGAUUCUGCUUUUGGAGGCUUUGGUUUUGUUCAUACUGAGAAGUUUCGGCAAUGGCUGGCUUACAACAAUCUUUAUUUCCUUUCUACUUACCAUUUCCCAGGUUUUGGCCACAUGUAAUGUUAAGCAAUCCUUCUUCAAUGACUGGUUCUCUGGGCAUCUGAACUUCCAAAUUGAACACCACUUAUUUCCCACCAUGCCCCGCCAUAAUUAUUACAAAAUUGCACCACUGGUGAGGUCAUUAUGUGCUAAGUAUGGAAUGGACUAUGUGAACAAACCAAUGCUGAAAGCAUUUGGGGACAUUGUCAGGUCUCUGAAGAGGUCUGGUGAUCUCUGGGUGAACGCUUACUACUACACUUGA